AUGAUAACCCGCUUCAUAACCGAAAUCCAAACCGCCUUCAACCCCUUCUCCCCCCGCGCCAAAUCCGCCCGCCUCUUCCUCUCCUUCCUCCCACCAAACGCCCGCUCCUCGGGCAUGAACAUCACCACCCAGCUCCUCCCCCGGUCCUCCACCGCCCCGAGCAAGCUUUAUGUCAAGUUUAAGGACGGCAAGGAACUCAACAUCGACGCCGACAACAUGGGCAUCAAGAGCAUAAUCGAAGAGGUCGACCGCCACUCCCGUAUCCUCCAAAAGGCCGACGAUUUGGCUGCUGCUUAA